AUGUUCACGAAGGCUUUCACCAUUGCCACUUUGGCUUCCUACGCCAGUGCUCACAUGCUUAUGGCCAACCCUAAACCUUAUGGAGGUCCUAACAACAGUCCUCUCAAGGACGAUGGAUCUGACUUUCCCUGCAAGGGAGCAGUCAACGAUGGUGCAUCAACCAACAGUUAUAAGGCUGGCAGCACUCAGCAACUCUCGUUCAUCGGCUCAGCCGUUCACGGUGGCGGCUCAUGCCAAGUCUCCCUCACUACCGACAAGAAUCCCACUAAAGACUCUGUCUGGAAGGUCAUACACUCUAUCGAGGGUGGAUGCCCUGCGAAGAAUCAAGCCGGCAACUACCCCGAGAAUGCCAAUGCUGAAAACCCUGACAAGUAUGACUUCAAGAUUCCCGAAGAACUGGCUGCUGGCGACUACGUCCUGGCAUGGACCUGGUUCAACCACGUCGGCAACCGCGAGAUGUACAUGAACUGUGCCGCGGUCAAUAUUGAGGGCCAGGGCGGCUCUGAGGGUUAUCUGGACUCCCUCCCCGAUAUGUUUGUUGCUAACAUCGGUAACAAAUGCGAGACCCUCGCUGACACGGAUCUUGCAUUCCCCAACCCCGGAAAGUCCGUAAGCAAGCUCAAGAGCAAGCUUGAUCCUCCCAAGGGAACGGGAUGCCAAGCUGCCGGCUCUGGUUCUGGCGACGGUAGUUCCGAUGGUGGACCUAGCGGGAGUGAUCCUGAACCUUCUGCACCUGCCGCCGCUCCGACUACCGACGCUGGUUCUCAGCCAACCCAGCCAUCCGUCACCCCACCUCCUGCUCCUGGCUCUGGCGAUGGAUCCAGCGGUGCUCCCGAGAUCCCUGGUGGUGCUUUUAUCACUGUUUCUCAGCCUGCUGCUUCACAGCCUUCUGCUACUCAAGCACCCGAGACUCCCGCUGCCCCCGGGACUCCUGACAACAGCGCCGACGAAGGCUCCGGCUCUGAUGGGGGCUCUGGGCCUGAUAACAACGGCGGUGACUCUGGUUCUGGAAGUGGUGGUUUUGCUGCUGGAACUGCCUGCACGACCGAGGGCGAGUGGAACUGCAUUGGCGGUUCGUCUUUCCAGCGCUGUGCCAGUGGUACUUGGACUCCAUCUCAAGGACUCUCCCCUGGUGUCACUUGUACGCCCGGACAAGGUGCCGAUAUCAGCAUGAGUGUCAAGCGAGGCAAGAGGAACAUGCGCCGCUCCCUGCGUCAUGUUGCCUAA